GAUCCCGCGGGCAUACAAGCGCUUCUAGAUACACUGCGGAAAUCGCAGGCAUGGGUGGAUGCCAUCAACUCGAAUAGCACGCCUCAGGAUCCUGCUCCUACCGAUGUCCCUAACCUUCUGCCGACCGCGGUGUCUUCACAGCCUGAGAACGGCACCCAGGGCGCUUUGCCGCUCACACCUACACCUCCCACAUCCGGCCCGUCUUCAGUGGCAGCACUGCUUUCUCAGUUGCAGUCAUCUAGGGUCCUAUCUGCGCUCACGACUGUUCCGCCGGUGCCACCUAGUCCCGUGGAGCGUGACUAUAUACCUCAAGGGCUUCAGAAUAGCUCAGUUCAGCACCCUCCUACCAGUGUCGCAUCUUCCGCACGAAACCAUAGCACCAAACUUCUUUCUUUCCAACAGUCUCUUCCACAUAUAGCGAAGCUCUCGGAAGACCCCGAUUUCGUGGAUGCAAUCACUUCGAUGAAACGUGACCAGGAGACGCUGGAGAAGCAGUUGUGGGAGGAGAGGCAAUCCAUUAAGAAAAAGCACGAAGAGAAGGUAAAGGUGUUGAAGGUGAAGGCUCAGACGAUAGGGGGCUUGACCAAACUGGAAGCCGAUACCAUGUCUGCUAAGUUCCAGAAGGAGCUGGCAAUGUUCGAUCAGGAACGAGCUUUGCGGGCCUGGGAAGCACUCGUAACUAAACAACAAAAUGCUUUAGAGGCUCUCAAGGUUCCGACCAUGUUCAGCACUAGCAACCAGUCCGACAUGGAAGUUAGUAUUCUUUCUACCCGUUGA